GAAGUUAAACAUAGACUAUCUUGUCAAUAAGUGACAGGCUCCUUCAAUGGGGGUAUUUGAUGUGUCUUUUAGAGUCACUGGAACGUUUUCAUGACUGGAGUAAAUUUAGGACUUGGUGCAAUAAACCUGAGCAUGGUGAAAUGGUGAUGUAUGGCUUUAAUUCAUAAAGUAUAAGAUUCAGAGAUAAGAACAUAUGCUGAAGUGUGCAACUCCCUGAGGGCCUUGAGGCAUACAACACCUUUAUAAUGUCUAUUCAAGCAAAGUGCAAGAUAGCAUACUUUUACCUGUCAAAAAUGAAGAUACAAGCCCCAGCUGCUGUUAUUGGUGGGAUUCUUAUCCAUCUCACCCUUGGCAACCUCUACAGUUUUGGCAACAUGAUGACAUACAUGGUGUCCUACAUGCAUGAGAGAGUCAGUCCUUAUGUAAACUAUGGAAACUUCAUAUGGGUGAACUCCAUUACCACUGCCUCCCAGGGCCUCUUCAUGGUGUGUGGUGGCCUCUUGGAGCGGAAAAUAGGACCCAAGUUGACCUGCUUUGUCGGUUGUUCUGUGCUCAGUGCAGGUAUUUUGCUGACGCAUUAUACGAUUGAGGUAUCGCUGUUUACUGUAAUCCUGACGUAUGGGCUGUUGUCUGGACUUGGAAUAUCCUUAACUUAUGUUACUCCCCUUGCUUGUGGCAUGCAGUGGUACCCUGAGAAGAAAGGCCUGAUCAAUGGCUUAAUAGUUGCUGGUUUUGGUCUUGGGGCUUUAGGGUCCACUAACCUCCAGACCCUUUAUCUCAACCCAGACAAUAAACCUCCAGAGGCCAAUGGAUACUUUGUUGAUACUGGCAUACUUGAUCGAGUUCCAUCAGUGUUCAUUGUGCUGGCACUAGUAUUCCUGGUAAUGCAGUAUGUUGGCUGUCUUCUGAUCAGUAAACCUACACCUACAGAAUUACAGGAUACUCGACAUUGGCCGGAAGGAGAAAAUUUGCUAGGUGUGGCUGAUAACCCUGAUGAGAGCCAAGAUGAACUUCCUAGUACACCCACCGUAACGGGUAUAGACUUGAGGCCAGUGCAAAUGAUUCAGACUAAGACCUUCUACAUAUUCUGGAUGUUGUAUCUGUUAAACACCAUUGCUAUCGGCUAUAUUAAUGCUAUGUACAAAAGCUUUGGCCAGACCUUCAUAAGCGACGAUCAUUACUUGGCCGGUAUUGGCUCCUUCGCUGCAAUCUUUAAUGCCGUAGGCCGGAUUGUCUGGGGACGUCUGAUGGAUAAAACGUCAUUCCGAACAGCUAUCCGUAUUUUGACACUGAUGCUGACUCUGCUGUUUGCCACAAUGCCCCUUACCAAACACAUGGGAAAAGUGGGCUUUACAGGCUGGGUGUGGCUCAUCUUCUUUACAUUCUCUGGAACCUUUUCCUUGAUGCCCACUGUUGUGGAGAAAGCAUUUGGGUCGCCACAUUACUCCGCUAAUUAUGGAAUUCUCUUCACUAGCCAGGUUGUCUCGGGUCCACUGUUGGCUGCAGUCAACCAGUUGAUGUUGAAUGCUGUUGGUUACACUGGCUGUUUCCUCACUAUAUCUGGCAUCCUUUCUCUAAGUGUGGGCAUAACCUUCUUGGUACCUGAUGGUCUUUGAGGUACUCCUCUCACGAGACAGUUCUACACUCUACACAGGAUAGUACUGUAUACUUGAUCAUAGUUGUAUGCAAGACUAUCUUUUUCAGAUCUGGUAUUUUGUGUAUUUUUACUUGUAGAUGUUUGAGAUGAGGGCCUAAGAGAACUUGAGGAAGAAGUUUUUACAGGAAUAUUUGUACAGUAAGGUAAUAUAAUACAGUAAUUUUUUUACUAUCUGCAUAUCCACAUAUGUCAACUAUCCCCAAUUAGUAGUUUUGUGCUCAGAUUUACCAGUUGUGAAAGUCUGUUGAAGUUAAAACAGAAGAGCAAGUUUGUGUCUCCUGUCAUCCAAGUCAUCCAAGUCUUUCUCUCGGUCUCUUGUUCUCUGCAGUCGUCUCUCAUUAUUGGUGUUACAGUAUACGUUCGAUGCUAACUUUUUAUAAUCAUGAGAGUAAAGACAGAAUUAUCAAGUGGAGAAAGUAGUCAGAUGUUUGAAAAGUAUGAAGAGGUAAUUAUGUUAACAUGGUAGAUAAAGUAAAUCUUAUGGUGCAGUUGGAUACAGUCAUGGUGUAAACUCUUCAUCACUAACACAACAUUAUCGUGCAGGUCUCAGGGGUGAAUGUCUAAUAGUAUCUGCAAAUGUCAACUAUGCACACAUGCUCAGGAAUGUUGAUUGUGCAGAUAGUAGAAAUUUUACUGCAAUGUUAGUACUGUAGUAGUAGUAGUAGCAGUUGUUGGAGUAAUUGGAGUGAAGAGCCAGAACUAAAGAGAAUAAAUUAGAUUUUUUUAAACUUAUCAGGGAUUAACCAAAAUAUUGCAUAUGAAAGAAUCAGUGGCACAGAUUCGUUUUGAAAUUUUGGUAAAUUCUUGAAUUGUUUGAAAGCUUUUUUAAAAACUAACAUUAAAUUUUGCCACUUGGUACUUAAUACAUGUAUAUAGGGUGCACCAUAAACACCUGACUUUUUUCUUUUCAAUAAAAAAACUGCCUAUCCACUCGGAGGCACUUUCACGCUAAUAGUUAUUGCGUGCACCAGUGUUUAGAGUUUAGUUGGACAUGGGAAUGUAGCUAUAUGUGUUAAUAAAUCUUUCCGUUAUGCAUUACUGUAUAACGUUAUUUCAUUUCCAAAAGUCAGGUGUUUAUGGCGCACCCUGUACACUAGAUAUACAGUAUUUGAGGGAAAUAUUGGCCUGAAUCAUUUUUUAAUUACUAGUAUUAACCUUAAAUGGUAACAAUCAUCUGUGGAAGUUUCCCAUUCCUUGCUUUCCAUUUUUGUGCAGAUGGGGGCAGAGUAGGGAAUCUUCAUUGUAGUGGUGUGAAGGUCUCAUACAACUACAGUACUGGCUCAUUCUUUGAUUUUUUUAGAAUUAGUCAUUAGUAAGCUACUGUGUGAUUGUCUCACCAUGAAAUGAUGGGAUUUUGUAAUAAGUACGCAUUCAUCAUUGCCUAGAUGUCUGUGGGUCUGUCUGCAGACAUAAAUAUUGUAAGCCUGAUAGGUCCUAUAUUUUUAACUCAUUUGCGAUAAAAUUUGGUUGAAAAUGUUCUUUGAACUCGGAACUCUGAAGGAAUGCAGUUAAGCAAUUAACCCCUUCACUGUGGGGAUUCCACUUUUGAUGUUUUAUUUGGCUAACGUCAGACGGUUUUAUUCAGCAGAGAGAGCCCCACACACAAGGGGUCAGUGACAUUGUAUAACUUCUCUGAGUUAACCAGAACAUUAAAAAUAUAUUUAUCUCAUAGAUUGAUCGUCACAUUGAGACUUAAAAUGAUCUGUUAUUACUACAUGUGAAGCAACAGGAGUAAAGUAGAUAGAUAUUUGGGGUCUUGUUAUGGAAGGUGAAUAUAGUACAGCACCAUAAUAGAACAAAUGUGUCUCAGCAGUAAGCUUAACUGAAGGGAGAGUCGUGUUGGCUACCCCUCCAGCUUUCCUGUAUUAUAGCAGGAAAAUGCUUGAAAAGGUGAAAGUAAGUAAUUGUGUUAUUGAAUGAUGGUCAUUUUAAGCUAUAAACUAUAUUUUACUACUGUACUUAGCACAGUGGAACUUAUUUAAUAUCUUCUAUAGUGUCACAACUUCCAUUAUAUCACAGAUCACUAAAAAGCUCUUGUCCAUUAGGUUCUACAACCUUGUGUUUGCUUUUCUUAAUGUCAACACUUCUAAUCAUACUUGGGUUACUGUCUAGCACAAGUCAGUGCCAGGUGCCUUAAUCCAUCCAGUCAUCUGAGGUUAUGUAGUGGUGUCAGGUGGGGCAGUCUGAUCCUGGGCUGUGCAAGAUCAUAUGGUUUAAUCCAGUCAACUGAGGUCAGGCAUGGCAGUGUAGUUCUGAUGCUCUAAAGAUCAACAUGUGUCUUGAAAAUUUAGCUGCUGGCAGAUGAAACUCCACUUGUUAGUUCCCAAAGGCGAGAAUUGUUGGUACAAGUGCUUGUGUGAUGCCACCUUAACCAAAAGAGUGGACCUGCUAAGUGACAUGUUGCUCAUCUGUGAUGUUGGUUACAGUACUGUGUUACAAGUGACACCAGAGAGCACUGUUUUGUGAAGGCACACUUAAGCGAGUUAAUUGUGUGUCAGAAAGUUAUGGUCCGCUCAUCUAGUCUUCACUGUGAUGCUUCUGAAGAGUGCUUAUGGAUCAAAUCAAUAACUAUAGCAGCAGCCUGAACAAACUGAAACAGAAGGUGGAACCAUGUUAGUGUCCAUCAUCAGUUAUUGUUAGGGUCGCAGUUCCGUUUUUACUCUAACAGUUUUAUAUUCAAAACUUUGGAGCUUUGAGAGAAUUUCACUACAGUAACUGGAAAGACUGGGAAUGAACUUGUGUUUAAUAAACAUGGGAUAUCACAGAACUUCAACUGACUGUAUUUAAUGUAAGUGCUGCCUUUUUUUAUUCAAAUACAACCCAUACCGGUACAACAAACACUGUCAAUAAGUUAAUGUUUUGUUGUAUGAACUGUGCUGCUUAUUGCGGAACUAUUUUCUCUUGAAUACUUAACACCCUGCACGGUGCCAACAGACCUUAAUGGUGAACCUUGCCUCAUGUUUCACCUCACUUAAUGCCACAUAUUUAUAAUGCAUGGAGACUGAUAUUGAAGUGAGUUCCACUGUAAUGAAUUAUAAAUUAUUGUCCAUUUGCACAUUCCAAGGGUUGUGGUAAUCAGGUAGUGACAGCACUUGUUUCCUGUCCUAAGGGUUGCUGGUUUGCACCCAGGGCACCCUAAGUCCUCCCACUGUGAAUAGGUACUUAACUUUAAAGUUGGGGAAGUGAAGGUAGUUGGUCCAUCACACAUUCCACAUGGGAUGACUGGUCAAAUGUACCCUAGUUGCAUGGACUGAUCUGUCCACUAUAAAGGAUUCAUAGUCCUCAAAGAUAAAUUGGGGCCAGUUAGGACUGGAGCCCCGUUGACCUGCUGCCUUGUAGUUACCGGUACUUAGAAUCUCGUCUUUCAACAGUGGAUGGAAUAAACUUACUUUACUGUUUA